AUGGCUACCCGCGACGACGAUUCAAAGUCGUCUUUGCAACGCCUUCUUUCCCUCGACAAGUCGUUCGAUUCUUUUGAAGAGCGUGUUCAGGAAGCCGCCCGCAUCCUUGACAUCUCUCUGGACCCUCAAUUCAUACCCGGAUCGUCUACCUCGUCCUCGCUCUCACACAUCUCUCGUCUGGACUUUGUGUUGCGCUGGCUUCUCGACAAGCUCUCUGCCCUGCCAGAGACCUGCCAAUAUCUUCCGUCAUGGAUCCUCUUCCGUCGCAUCCUUGAGCGCAUGCCGUCUGCUGCUCUGGCCAAGUCCUUGUCUGUCGCCAGUCCGGUCAACAUCUGCUCAGGCGCCCUCGCACACCUCUUCCCGCCCACCUCUACUCCAGCUCCAAAUACUGCAGUCGAUGCAAAGCCUUCCACCAAGAAGAGAAAGAGGCAAAGUGCUGCCAACGACACGACAUCUGAUCACCCAGCUUUGAUCUUUGCCCAAGUCACGGUUGCCAUCCGUGUUCUAAUCUCGCGUUCGACCCAGUCUCCUGUUGCUACAGAUGCUGCCUCGGGAAAUCGCGUCCACGCCCUUCUUCGUCUGGACCAUGCAGACCUCGUUCGUUUCGUCAAGCACACUCUGUACGCCUUGUUGCAUCUUCGAACUUUGCAUGGUCUUCCCCUUUCUCAUGUGGCCGCUACUCUGACUCUGAUCCAAGACUUAGCCAUCCUGCAACCGAACGCUUCAAUGGAUCCCAUGGAUAUUUCUUUCUGCACCGAGUGUUUGUGGCCAGCUGCUCUUCUUCUACAAUCCCUGCACUCAGAACUGGGCUCAGAACUUGCUUCACAACAUAAUGCCACCCGAUCGCUCGACCGUUUACUGGCCACACAUCUUUUCGUCCCAGCAAGGGUCGCUUUCUACACUUCUAAGGCUGUCGUACAGAAGAAGCGUCAACAGCCAGAAGUUCCUGGGCUGGUACAGAGACUGGAGCCUUUGCGCUCGCAAAUCACGACCCUUGUCAAUGGAGACACUUCGGACUCCGUUAGGCAGGGUCAGCUAUCCCAAGUCUACGGAUGUGUGCCAUUGUUACUGGAUCUGGCAGUUCGCUGUGCGCCUAUCGGCAACCCUAAGCAAAGGAUCAUUGAAGCUCCUUGGAUCCAUCUUCUGUUUAAUUCCUUAUCGGAAACCAUCACCAACGCUCCAGACGCUACUAUUGUUAACCAAAAUCUGAACGAGAUGUUCGAUGUAUUGUCAGACAGCAAGCUGGUGCUUGAUGCGGACGUGCUAAGCGAGGUUCUGGAUCAGCGAUGCAACUUGUCGACAUCGAAGCCUGACUUUCCCCUCACUGCUAAGAUUCUUAACAUGAAUGCUAGCAUCUUCACAGAUAUCAACGCCGUCCCGGCUAAGGCGUUAUUUGAUGCAUUAACGAGCAACGGAGACGCAAAAGCCUCCGCUGUUUCGGGCCUAGUCUCUAGCGAUGACUGGUCGAAUCCUCGCAAUAUCUGCUACAAGAUUGUAGUACCCCUGAUGCACGCUUAUGCGCGAACUCGCAAUCUCCCUGCGUUCCUUGAUCAGUGGUCCGCCUGCUUAAGCACUCAAAUCUCUUCGAAGAAGUCGUCCAAGUGGCUUCUCUGGGCUGACUUGUCAUUGGAGGAGUCAUUGAGGGACAUCCUGGAAACGUCCCUGACAUCGGCACAAAUCUCAGAGUUGCUGGAUUCUCGACAGAGUACGCUGACUCAGUCGGUUGCAUCGUCUUCUGUCGCAAGUCCGCAGGCCUUCGCAAACAUCGUCCUACUCAAUGCCAUCGUUAGUGCUUUGAAGACCGACGCCACCAUCGACGUUCUCAUGCCCUACUUGGAGUCACUACUUUCGGCUGUAGAGAGUGCAUUCCUCCAAACUGCAGACAUCAGCGAGCUUCUCUCUGCCUAUAUGCUCGGUCUGGCUUCGCGGAUCUAUCAGCUAUGGUACCCACUCUGGUCAACAACCAAAUCGAGCGAAGAAGUUCAGACGAGAAACGCAACACUGCUAGACGGACCCAUUACACAAUUUGCGCUGAAGAAGAUUCAAAACAGCUCAAAGUUGAAGCUGGGUACCAUAUCUGAGGCCGACUCAGCGUUUGUCUUCAUCGCUUCAAUCUGUGACAUGCAGAGACAACUAACUGGCCACGAAUCUGAUUAUGCACAUCUGUUCUGCCGCGCAGCUUUGCCCUCUAAGGAUGAUAGUAAGAUUAGCAGCUACGCUUCUCGGCGGCCAGCCGCUUUCUUGACAAUUCUCUCUGGCUUCCCUGGGCUUCUGGCCUGCAUACCCGCGACCGAGAGGGUCCAACUUUUCAAGGAUUUGUUUGACAGCUUCUUCUCUGAUCCUUCGUACUCAAGCUCGGUGCUGUUUGAGUUCCUUGACGCACUCUUUGCAGCUAGCGACCUUGCUACUAAAGACGACCUAUUCAAUGUAGUAUGUGAAGCUGUAGAAAGUUAUGCCACAUCAGAAUCUUGGCUUGAUCUCCUCCUCCAGUGGCCAUUGAAGGGACUAUCUCGUCAACAACGCGAGAAGAUCUUGGAUCUUACUGUGUCAGCUGUGACUCAGAAAAAGUUCGUCGGACAAGCGAAGCAGCAAGCCCUCGAUCUGAUCGCGGCACUUCUCGAGCUGCCAAACGCAACAGCAAAAAUUUCUGUGGCACCCGGUGCACUAUGGGAUCUUGCAGGGGUCUCUUACACCAGCACUGAACUGGAUGCUUUCGAAAGUGUUUGUCAACGUCUCCUGGGACAUAUCCUGGAUACUAAGGAGCAAGACCGAAGCAAAUCGUACCUGGAACAACUCUCUACGCUUGCGUCAGACUUCAUCAACAAGCAGAAGGAUUUAGGCUUGCCCUCAAACCCGGGCAGAGUUUUUCUUGUGAAAGCGCUUUUCGAGGCGUUUGAUGCUCGUCUCACCCAUGAGGAUAUGUCAAGCUUCCCACACAGUUCAUCGUCCACAAUCGAUUCUUUAGCUAAGCGACUGUGGGAGAUCCUGUCAAGUUCGACAGAGGACGAGCUCAGCGGUUUAAACGUGGAUAAAGCUCGUAUCGCCGUCCAAGUGUACACUGGAAUCCCUGCAUCGAUCUUGGCCUCUAGAGGAUCUUCAACCGAGAAGUAUGCCAAGCGCUUCGCGAAAAAAUUGCAUGCUUUGAUUGAAGAAUCGAAGGAUGUUCCCAUCCCAAUCUUGGUGCGAUGCUUCCAGCAGCUAUCUUCAGCCGCUUCUCAAUCCAAACCUGUCGACAUUUUUACAAGUGCCGAGCAUCUAUUGAAACGAGAAACGGAUGCUGGCCAGUACUGGUCUAUCACUGAUGCUGUCACCAGAAGUGUUCAGAGUAUCUCCGAGAAUGAGAAGCUCUCACUGAUGGAACGGAUUCUGCCUACUUCAGUCCAGCAGUGCACUGCAGAGAGAGUCAUGUUGGUGCGAUGCAUUCUCUCUGCUAUGCAUGGCUCUCGUAAGCACGGGGCAGCUGCUUCCGAGAUUGGUUCAGUCUCUGUCCUCGUAAGACUGCUAGAACUCUUGAACACGUGCUCUGAGUACGCCGUCCAUCAGCAAUUGGUCGCCUGUGUCACUAUGGUAUUAAGAGAACAACCUCGGCUCGUCACACAAUACUCCGCAGAGAUGACUAUUGCGACUGUGACCACACUUGCGUCUCCCCUGUCGCCGAUCAAGCGUGUCAAGCAAGCGUCGUUGAUGUUUGAGGGUCUUUGCACAAUCGUCCAAAGUCUUUUGCAGUUCCACCGUCCCAGUCUGGGUGGUCGUUUCCAUCUCCUCGUUCCGUUGAUGCAAAGACUUCUUGCCUGCCUCUUCUCGCCAAGCAGUAAGGACGCGGGAACUGUCAACCGCUUCAAACACCCUGCAUGGCUUGACCCCACAAAUGCUCCAUUGACUUUGAAGCAGGCUCAAAAGUAUUCGAGGGUUCUCGAAAAUCUUUGCAAUCCGCCGCAGUUCAACAUGGUGGGCAGCCGAGGAAAAACACCUGAACUUGUCGACGAGACACGCAAAGCUCGCAUGCAUGUGGCUCAACACGCCCCUCAUAUCCUUCAUUAUUACUGUACUCUGAUCCUGAACGGCAAACCGGGUGAAGGCAUGCGAGAUGCUCUUACACCAGGCAUGUGGGCAAUCAUCGAUGUUGCCGAGAUUGGCGCAGAUGAUAGUCGUGGCGUCAAGGCAUUGAGUUCCAGCAUGGGCAACGCCGAUCGUGCUGUCUUGCGAGGCAUCUGGGAGGAUUGGCGAAGAUUCGGCGGAGCUUGGAAAGGUUAG